UGAAAUUAGUGUACGCGUAAAUUCAAUAUAGCACGCAGCUCUAUUUCCGAUUCUUUAUCACCUUUCUACUACAUAUAAAUCAAUUAAGAACAUAUAACAAAAUGGUUAUGGAAGCAUCUAUGAUAGUCGUUGACAAUUCCGAAUGGAUGCGCAACGGCGAUUACUCACCCAACAGAUUAGUAGCACAGAACGAGGCUGUCAACCUGAUUUUCUCUUCAAAAACACAAUCUAAUCCCGAAAACACAGUUGGGCUUAUGACAGCGGCUGGAAAGGGUCCAGAAGUUUUAGUUACUUUAACAACAGACGUAGGCAAAAUUCUCAGUGCUUUACAUGGCAUCAAAGCAAGUGGAAAGCCAAACUUUUUGACUAGUGUUCAAAUUGCCCAACUUGCUUUAAAACAUAGACAAAAUAGAAAUCAACGUCAAAGAAUCAUUGUAUUCGUCGCCAGCCCUAUCGAAACUGACGAGAAAACACUUGUCAAACUCGCCAAAAAACUGAAAAAGAAUAAUGUAGCAGUGGAUGUUAUAAACUUCGGUGAAGAAGCCGACAAUACUUCACGACUGGAAGCAUUCAUCAACAAUGUCAAUAACAGCGAUAACAGCCAUUUAGUAACCAUUCCUCCUGGCCCUCAUCUUUUAAGCGAUAUGCUGAUUUCUACACCUAUUGUCGCUGGGGAAGAUGGUAGUGCAGGCAACUUUGGUGCUAGUAGCGGCGGAGACUUUGAAUUCGGCAUUGAUCCUAACCUUGAUCCUGAAUUGGCUUUGGCAUUACGUAUUUCACUUGAAGAAGAAAAAGCACGACAAGAAGCAGAAGCAGCCAAGAAUGGAUCCAGCAGUAGUAAUACAAAGGAAGGAGAAGAGUCAUCUUCAUCUAUGCAAGCGGAACAACAACAUUUAGGCGGGGACAAUGUAGAAGAAGAUGCUGAACUUCAGGCUGCUUUAGCUAUGUCUAUGGAGGAUGCGGGAGCACCUGCUAUUCCUGACGAAGAUGAAAAUAUGGAAGAUAUAAAUGAAGAUGAUGCACUUCAACGAGCAUUAGAAAUGUCAAUGCAAGAUAACGGUGAAAACAAUAACGACGACGACGAAGAAAUGAUGUCCGCCGUGUUGGGCUCCUUACCUGGUGUUGAUAAGAAUGAUGAGCGAAUUCAAAAAGCAUUAGAAGAUAUGGAUAAGAAGAAGAAGGAUGAUAAGGAUAAGAAAUAGUACAACAACUAUAUCAGGAAUCUUUUAUCAUAUCACAAUAAAAUACACUUUUACGCCAAAUAA